AUGAAUGCCCAGCCAAAAAUGUUAGAGCUGGUGUUCAACCACAUCGUCUUUCCUCCCAGACUGCCCGGGAGGCAAGAUAGCCAGGUUGAAGAUGUCGAGCGGGACCUAGUUUCGCGGCUACUGGAUGCGACCAAGGUGCUCAAGGACUGCUCGAUGGGCGACGACCUGGCUGCCUGGAACUCGGUCGAGGAGUCUUUGGAGACAUGCAAAAUAGUAAAUGAUAAUGGACAUAUCAACAGGGUGGCUUUGCUAGAUGCACUCAACCAGUUGCAACCGUACCAUGCGAUCAUCCUGCGUAUUACAGAGCAAAAUGCUGGCCUUAUCAUCCGAAGAGCUGGUCUCACUGAAGAUGUCAUCUUUGAAGCCUUUGAAGCAUCGCCCGCUGCUGAACAGACUCUGGCAGCAAAGGGUGCCCUCCAGUGGGAUUUUCCCGGCAUUGCCGUGUCGCUCCCACUGUCUGAAUUCUAUAACCCUGUUUUUCAGGACAACUUAACUUCGUUUCUCGAAAAGGCCAGUCUCGAGUUAGUAGACGAGUUCGCGGCCAAAUCACACAAAGCAGGAGCCACGAUCACAGAGAACCGCGACACGACAAAUCCAGCACUCAUCACCCAGUUCCUUGCAACCGUCCUCGAAGUGAAUGGGAGUCGUGUAUAUCCCCCAGUCCUGCGAAAGCGUAUCAAGGAUGACGUGUGCUGGGAUGAUGCAGAGCUGCCAUGGCGACGGAGUCCGUAUUGGCUUAUUCUUCGUGUCUCGGUGCAGCGAAUGCUUUACCUGAAACUAGGCGAAAAAAGAGGGCGGAUCCAGUAUAAAUUCCUGCUAUGCUAUUUGAUGGCCCAUCUACUGGCGAAUUCUGUCCACGUUCUCAGUUCAGAGCGGUGCGACUUUCUUAAAACGAAACUGUGUCGUCGUCUGGCCAAGUUAGAAAGUGAAAGGGUGAUUGACGGCCCUGCUCUUGCUCAGACAUAUACACACCUUUUUGUUACCAUUGGAUCGGUCUGUCAAAAGUCUAUUGAUUCCGCAACGGCUUCCAUCGAAAACCAGUGGAAUUCCUUCAAACAGAAAACCCGUCGCCAGAUUCCAACUCUUCCUCUGCGUGCGGAAAACCAAGACCUAGAGUUGACCCUUCCCAACAGUAGCGCCUACCUCGCAGAGGUACUCCGUCAUCCUAAUUGCCAGAAAGCAAAAAAGGCAAAGGUCGAUCCUUCUACUCUUGGAUCGAACGCCAGCAAAAGCACAACUGAGCAAUUCGAAAGCCUGUCCACACGAUACUCGGCACUUGCAGACAAAGAGAUGUCAAUUGAAUCCACCACACGGCAGAUACCGAAGACCAAGUUGGAAUGUGAGGAUCGAUGCAAGAUCGUCGCUCCUCGCAUCACCAACCAUCUGAUAGGUGUAGGGGUUGCCUAUGAUGGUGAUCCAGAGAAUAUGAGUAUAUUUAUUCUGGAUAUAUUCGAAAUGUGGGUGGAGCUCGACAAGUGUGCCACCGUUGUUUAUCCUUUAUUACGCGAAUACCACCCAUGCUUCGACCCUGAGAUACUGGAUGUGUUACUUCUCCCACGAUUGCAUCAUAUGCAUCGUCUCCAGAAAAUACAGUCUUAUCUUCAUGAACGGUGCACUGCAGCGAAGAAGAAGAUGACAAUUUUCAGUGACCCAGAACAAGGCUGUUUUGCAGAUCGGUAUUUCGACUUCGAUUCAGCUGACAACAUGCAAAGGCUAUACCAGUUGCAGAAGCGGAUUGAGGCUGCAUCUACCAAGACUCGAAAUGCGAAAGAAAGGGAACUCGAAAAUGUGAAUGCAAAGCAUAAAGAGCUCUCCCAGAGUAUAGCGCAGACAGCCUGCACUCAGCGACGGCUUCCUGAUGGAAAUCACGAUAUACGAGGAUGCGAUCGUUGCUUCCAUCUUCGAAGUCGCCGUAGGCUUAGAAUUCAAGUUCACGAGGACUUCCUUCCCCUGGAAAACCGCGUUAAAUGUGUCGUUCAGAAAAGGGCGAUUGUUUUCGAGCUCGACACUCCGGCUUCAUUUUUGGCGUAUCGUGAGACCACCUGGGAGAUUAUCAACACACUGUGUUUCAAAGCAAUUCAAUCAACUGAGAACACACCAAACAUGUUGCUCGGAGAUUACAGUCAACUCAAGAACUUCGAUACCCGUCGCAACCGGCGGUUGUCCUUAGCCUCAAAUACAAAAUCCUAUCUUGAUACGCAUUAUAAUUGGAAAAGGUUGCCGGCAAAGGCUGCCAACAUUUUGUUGCCGUUGGGGUUGAACUUCUCAUACUACGAUUCAGGAAGGAGCAUCUGGGCCAAGGAUGUCCCGCAACAGUUGACUUUUGCGCAUCAUUUUGUUCUCAAGCUACCGAGAGGUCUGUCAUUCGCGGACCUUUAUUCGUCACCAGCCUUUGCACCUGAUAGCGAUGGCCCUUCUUCGUACGAGGUCAUUGCCAGUGUCACGAAGUGUCCACCCGAUUUGAGCGUCCAUGAGUUCAAAGCUCACCAGAGCUUAGUGGCAGGAAAGAACAGCCGUUGGAUUUCUAUCCUUACCGAACUUGGAUCAUCAAAUAUCAAUCUAAGUCUUCAGGAUACAAUGGUACUCUUUCAUCAUCUUGCCUUACAAGCAGGACCUAGGUUGGAUAAUGAUCAUCUCCGAGCCGUACAUGUUGUAUUUAAAGAUGAGAAAUUUUGCCAAAGACUCAUCGAACAGAUCGAACAUCAUGCAGAAGCAAUUUCGGCAAAUUGGCGCGAAAGUUAUUACAUGGAAACGCUGCUGACUUUGACAAUCCGCAUAUGUGACCUGGGCUGUUCAGAAACAUCAACCCAGGCGUUUCAACUUCUAGUCAAGAUUCGUCAGAUUACAUUGAACUGGAUUCGUCUUCUACGCAACGAGACAAGGUCUACGCAAGAGGUCGAUGUUGCUGAACGCGCAGCCCGUUAUGGGUUCAUGUCAGCGCUGCUAUGUCGUAGGACAUUUGCGCCUCAUGCGUACAACGAUACCGACCUGGAUGCCGAGUCAUUCCGCACAUUCAUCGAAGCUACUCUUGCCAUGCAGGAGAACCUUGUUGUGGAUUUGAGUAAAUUCUCUGCAACAACACACAAUAUGCUGGUCCGCGAUAUCAAAAUGACUUUCCGGAUAAGAACCGUGCUUCGCAAAUUGGUCAAGCGGUAUCCAUCUAGUUUGGAGUCUGCCAUGGAAGCAGUCUGGCCCGAUGCAGACAGUGCUUCUCGAACGUAUACGCAAUGGAAGUUUCUAUCAUCUCCAUAUGACUGGUGGGUGACAUCAACGGUUGAGGCUACCAGAGACACAGUGGCUCAGACGGUACAUUACCAUCUCCUCGAAGGCCAUCUUCUGGUAGACGGAAGAGCACUUGGAAAACUACCAGCAGAUAUCAGAGAUUCUGAAAUUCUGAAAGGCCUUUUUGGUAACCAGCGACUUCUGGCGUUUCCUUCGCCUCUACAAGGAAUGAGUUACGUUCUAGGCAUUCAAAAAGACGGCCAUGAGAUUCAUCUUGGAUACCGAAAAGAGCAGUUGGUCAUUCGGGCUCGAACAAGAACUGCGUUACUGGAAUUAAUACCUAGAAGCGUUUUUUUUAACGGUUCUAUUUUUGAUUUACCUGGGUCUUUGAUUUUCGACUGCGUUCAUUGGGUUGACUUGCGAACUGGCAUUCUGGAAGCUCGACAACAACCGCAUAUCUGGAGAAGCAGGCCCGGAAACUGGACUAUAAACACUUCCACUCGCCGUGCAAGCCGUAACCAAGGAUCUACUUUGGUUGAUCCCAAUAGCAGAACAUUUUCCCUUGUUGCUCAAAUUUUCCGUCACUUCGAACAGCCUCAAAAGCUGACACUGUACCAACCAGUGUCCAAGAACCUGUCUGUCGACCUGAGACACAUGAAUCUCACUUUCCAUGUUAAUAAGCUGGGACAUUUACAUUGCAGGCAGCUUGGCGCUGAAAUUGAUUCGAAUCAGGACGCUGGAACAUUGUACGGGUUGCAGAGUAUGCUGGUCCUGCGUGAUGGAGCACAUCGGAGUGUUAUAACUCCCCUAGGGGGGAUGCGUUAUCAACGCCAUGGGAUACACGUACUUGUCCAGAUAGAGAACUAUGGAAGUUACGCGAAGUAUACGAUCGAUGAUGUCCUGGGACGACUCCAUUGUCCGCCUGAGCCACGGUUGCUAUACAACAAAGCUCAACUUCACGCUUUCACGUCGUUUGUCCUCCCAGACCCACUUACAGGCCGAACAGGGACCGAAGAAGCACUGCGCUGUCUUCAAUCUGGAUAUUGCCAACCGUGGUGCCCGCUUAUCCCACAAUUGGUAGACAUGCUCCAAGCCCUCGCAAAACUGACACCACAACGACGGUACUAUCCCAAGGAACUGAGACGGCAACAGGUGGUGCAUUGGGAUCCACAUUUGACAACGACUAUUCAACAUGAUGCUUAUCAAGUGGUGGUUGACUGGAUCAUGAAAAAAUCGAAACGCCUUUCAUUAUUCCAAACCGAUCAAAAAAAGGCCACCGUUGUGGAAGAAUUCCCAGAAACACCUCACCUUCUCGAAAGGGCUCUUUGGCGUCGAUUAAUCUACGAACGUCCAGACACACUAGUGAAAGACCUAUCACCACCCUCCGAUCUUACAUACAUUGCUCGAGAUGGCCGAACACUCUCCCCACGCACAGCCAACGUUUGGGAAAUAGUAUCUUUACUUCGCCAAAGGCCCCAAUCAGUGUGUACGACUCCGAAGCUGCCAAAUAUUCUGAAGCUAUUCCCCAUUAUCGGCGGCUAUGUCAAAGAAUUCGCACCGUUUGAUAUUAUAGAAUAUCUGAGCACAGAUCUGGCCCAGGAGUGGGGUGGUCUGGUCAACCUCUGCCGAGAAUGCGCGCCCAACGAUGUCUACAAACUCAUGUUUCAAUUGGGUAUGGUCACCUUCGGCAGCAAGGUUGAUAUGACACUAGUGAGAACGAUAGUCGCCUUCUUUGUUUUGGAUGCUCUCAAAGGACUGAGCUUUUUCCCCUUGUAUUCAACUUUCACCGGUCUCGGGACAAACGAAAGGCCUUCGUCUGAAGCACUUUUAGGCAAUGUCCGAUUCUGCUGCAAAAAGUAUCGAAGUCCAGCUAUCUCGAAGAAAAUGAUGAAGAAAAUGAGCCAGGAGGACUGGGAUCGCAUCAUGUCUGGCAAAGAGAGAUAUGAGGAGGAUUGCCAAAAGGAAAGUGAAGAGUUCACCAAGUUCCUCCUUGCCCAAUGGCCGACGGCUGAUCCUUCCGUCGAGGGAUUUAAAGCGAAAUGUGUGGAUGUUGAUCAAGCUCUUGACGCUAUACUUCCUUUGUGGGAGGAGUCCUAUGGAAACCUGAAGUUUUCCAGCCACAUCAACCAGGUGCAAGCUAUUCUCGACCGACAUUCUACCAAGAAACGAAUCAGUACACCAGAACUUAUAAUCCCGAAGAUUGAGGUAUUUGGCCUACACAGAAGCCACGAAAGCCUCAUUCCUGAAUUAGCAAGAGACUUGUUGGGGAAGCCAGGGCCCAAAAUAAGAGUUGAAUCUGCGAAUCCGACAGGUUCUGAGCAGCCAAUUCUUCACAGGGCACAACAGUGGGCAAGGCGUAGUAUAUCUGCUAGCUGGCAGUCGAUGUUCAAAGACGAGAGAAUUUCAACGCCGGAAAUCAGUGAGUUGGAAACGAUAACUAACAAGCUAAUCCGCUCCGAUUGUUCAGUGCGAUCAACCUACGGCAAAGACCUGAUGCAAAGUAUCAAUGCCUUGAAAAUGGUCAAGACAACGGCCGAGGAGAAGCCGCAUGAGAAUAUCAGUUUCAAUGAAGAAAUCAGCAAGGCUCGUGACUUGGUCCGUCAAUAUCACAGCCAGAUAUGCAAUGCCCUUGCCAAGGACGAUACACGACUCUCAUGGCUUACAAAGGCAAAUUUGUGGCCAUGCGUGACGCCCACUGCAAUCUUGGAACAACUACGGUCGACGUCUGAGCCCAUAUUUGGACGGGAUAUGAAGCCUGCUUUCAUGGAAUACGCAAGAGCCAUUGUCCACUUGCAACGUCUACUCCGCGUGAAAGAUGCAUAUAUGAAGGGUGACGAAGGAAGAUUGAAACAAGAACGCGACAAUCCCGGACACGUCAACUGGGACACGAAUACAUACCCAGACUGGUUAUUGUUAGAGAUUGACGCCAAUAUGCAAAUCCGCGAGGACCAGGUCACGGUGGCUAUGGAAAUGAUUCAUCCUACUUCUGAUGAAAACUCUGUUUUGCAAAUGAAUAUGGGACAGGGGAAAACCUCCGUUAUCAUGCCAAUGGUGGCCUGUGUUCUUGCCAAUGGAGAUAUUCUGAAUAGACUUCUAGUCCCCAAGGCUUUGCUAUCUCAGACCGCGCAGAUUCUUCAGUCAAGACUGGGAGGAUUGUUGGGAAGGGAAAUUACACACAUUCCAUUCUCACGUCGGACACAGACAACCCUAGAGCAUAUUCAGGAAUAUUCCCGGCUGCAUGACGAGAUGCGACAGGGAUCGGGGGUCAUUCUGGGUAUUCCGGAACAUGUCUUGUCCUUCAAGCUGUGUGGGCUCCAGCGCGUGUCCGAUUCACGAGUCGCGGAAGCUGCCGUGAUGGUGGCAACUCAGCGUUGGCUGGACAAGGCCUGUCGUGACAUUCUAGAUGAGUGCGAUUUCACUCUCGCUGCCAAGACACAGCUUAUCUACCCCAGUGGAUCUCAAUUGGCAGUGGAUGGCCAUCCCCAUCGUUGGGAGGUUGCUCAGGUCAUGCUGAGUCUGGUUGCAUUUCACGUUCGGGAAUUGGCGCAGGAAUAUCCUCAAAGCAUUGACGUGGUUGAGCGGACGGUUUCGGGGUUUCCUGUCGUCUACCUCCUACGAAAAGACGUUGAAGAGGCCCUCACAAAAAGAAUCAUGGAUGACAUCUGCUAUGGUCGAACGUCUAUACUGCCUAUCCGACAGUUUUCAGAAUGGCAGCAUGCCAUGCUCCGAUUCUUCUUUUCCCAAGAGAAUGUCAACCAAAUUGCGACCCAAAAUAUCAUGCGGUUAUUCCCCGAUAGUCCUAAGGCCAAGAAGAACUUGUACCUUCUCCGAGGGUUGUUAGUGAAUGGAAUUCUACUCCUCUGUCUGAAGAAACGAUGGAAUGUUCAGUAUGGCUUGGAUCCCAGGCGCGACCCUGUAGCGGUCCCUUUCCAUGCAAAGGGUGUUCCAUCCGAACAGGCAGAAUGGGGGCAUCCCGACGUUGCUAUUCUAUUUACCUGUCUAGCAUUUUACUACGAAGGACUCAAUCAGAAGCAGUUGCGACAAAGUCUGCAGGCUGUUCUGAAAUCCGAUGAUCCUGCUACUGAGUACGAUCGAUGGACGCAAGCUUCAGCGACCCUACCAGAGGCUCUACGGCACUGGAAUAUAAUCAAUGUCGACGAUGAUGGACAGGUUGCAGAGAUUUGGAACCAUUUACGCUUUGCCACUGUCGUCAUCAAUCAUUUCCUUAACAAUUUCGUCUUCCCAGUCCACGCCAAGCAGUUCAGUAUUAAGCUGCAGGCAUCGGGCUGGGACGUCCCUCUUUUCUCACUUGAUAAGCCCACAGUGGGAGUAAAACGCCCCGGUUUGACGACUGGAUUCAGUGGAACGAACGAUAAUCGACGUCUGCUUCCUUUGACUAUUCAGCAACGAGAUCUUCUGGGUCUCUCGCAUACUAAUGCUGAAGUCCUGACUUAUCUCCUCCAAAAGAGAAGUCGCCAUUACAUGCUUGCCAGCAAGGAUGGACGACGUCUUUCUGAACGCGGCCUCCUGGGAAAUCUCAAAUGGAAUAGGAUCCGGAUUCUGAUAGAUGCGGGUGCGUUUAUUCUGGAGAUGGAUAACAAGAGUUUGGUCAAGGCGUGGUUGCAGCAAGAUACCGAAGCCCAAGCCGGAGUAUACUUUGGGGCUGAUAACAAGCCGUGGGUACUGUAUCGUCAUGGAAGGGAUGUCCCGUUAAUUGCAACUCCAUUUGCCGAUGAUUUGUCGAAAUGUGUCGUUUACUUGGAUGAGGCGCAUACUCGAGGGACGGAUUUGAAGUUUCCAGCGUAUGCUCGAGGUGCAGUGACUUUGGGUUUGAAUCAAACCAAGGAUCAUACGGUUCAAGCGGCCAUGAGACUGAGACAACUGGGAACAACACAGUCGAUCACCUUUGUUGCACCGCCUGAGGUUCAUCAAAGUAUUCUUGAUGUUUGUCAGAAGGGACUGCAGUAUAGGAUUGACUCUUCGCAUGUGAUCACCUGGCUGAUGGAUCAGACGUGCAACAACAAUAAAGAACUUCAGCCGCUUUACUUUGCUCAAGGAAGGGAUUUCUGUCAGCGCAGACAAGCAGAGGACAACUAUAAAAACUUUUUGACAAAUUCCAGUCAGCGGCUGGCAUACAUGAAGGUUUUGCAGCAGCCUGAACAACAGGACCUGGAAGAACUCUAUGGGCCAAAGACAUCCAAUAACGAUGCCCGGGUGGGUGAUGUUGGACUGAGUGGAAAGCUGUAUCUAUUCCAACGAGAACUUCGAGAGAGACAGCAAGACUCCAGUCUCAUCAGCGCAUUUUCUAGUUUAGCACUAGAAGAAGUCGAACAGGAACGAGAGGUGGCUUUUGAAAUUGAACAAGAGAGAGAGGUUCAAAGGCCCGAGCAUAUGAAGCCGCUCACAUUUGCAGCACUGUCAAGGGCCAUCCGCAGAUUCAUCACAACUGGUGUGUUGAGCGGGGAGAGUGGAUACAUGAGGGCAUCGGCGGCAUUGCAGUCAACACAGUUGGGACAGAAGUAUGGUAUCGACGCGUCAUCUCUUCUGCAGCAUCUGUAUGUCUCGAUCGAGUUCACCAGGACAGUGAAGGUAAAGAAUGGGCAGACAAUGGAUAGCUACACACGUCCGGUCAAUUGGGUUCUUUGGAGUCGAAAAUCAGAAACCGGACUUGUUGUGAUUCCUGAAGAAGCAGAACUGUUGAUUCCCAUCAUCCGGUCUGUUGGGGAUUCCAUGGUCCAUCUCUUCACGUAUGCGGCACCUGUUACACGGAAGAUGUUGCAUUUCAACCGUCUUGAUUACCAUGCCAUUCCCAGCUUUCCGGUCGAUUGGAGCCCACCAGCUUGGCUUUCGUUUGAGCUGGGAAUCUUGGCCGGUAGACUCUAUUUUGAAUUUUCUGAAUACCACCCACUUUUGGAUCGUAUUUUGUGUGUUGGAAAUGGUGGUGUUAAGUCGAAUGGUCCUUUGGAUAUUGAGGCUAGGGAUGGCGUUCAGUCGAAUACUCAUAGGAAUAUGCUUGAUUUUCUUGGAGAGUGGCUAUCUUUGCGGCGACAAGGACAGGACAUUACCCAUACGCCGAUGGGAUAUGUCUGUCAAGGGUGGCAGCUUCGCAGUGAUCACCCAUUCUUUGCUCGACGGGUACUGGAGAUCGAUGCGGCUGGACAGAUUUUAAACCAAGCCAGCUAUUCAUCUCCAGAACCGGUCGACGAAUUUGACGGUGAGGAGGAAUUGGAGGAUGACGAGGAAUGA